AUGGUAAAGAAGGCGAAGAAGGCUAAUGGCAAGGAAGAGGUUUCAAACCCAAUCCCAGUUCCAGAACCGGCAGUGCAUUCGGUCUCAGUCUCAGAUGGGUCAGAAAGUGAGGGAAUGUCUGCAUCAUCUCAGGAAAGGCAACCAACGCAACCUCUUGAGAUGUACUUCGACAACUCUCAGUUCACAAAAAUUUGCAAGAUACAGACCAAGUGUUUUGUGACCGAGACUGUGAACAUCAUCAAGAAGCUCAAGCCCGAGGUAAAGUGGUUCACCGAACACCCUCAAUUUCAUCACUUCUUUCACAUGCCACAAAAGCCGAACCUGAAACUGAUGGGAAUGUGGAUGCUACUCUUGCGGACCAUUCGUAUUGAAGAAGAGGAUAUAGCAUGGUUUGGGGUAAAUGGUGUGCCCAUCCGUUACUCCAUGAGAGAGCACGCUCUCAUUUCUGGCUUAGAUUGCCAUGAAUAUCCGACGAGAUAUUUAAAGCUGGGAAGCUACAAGUUUGUUGAUGCCUACUUCAAGGAUAGAGCGAGGAUCACUAUAAAAGAUGUGAAGGAGAAGCUGGUGGGUAUGAAGCCGUGUAGUGAUAGGUUGAAGAUGGCUGUUUUGUUCUUCCUUGGUCGGCUUAUCAGAGGAAAGGCGAAGGAUAGUGGACCUUUGGACCAGUUCAUUUUGAGGAUUGUGGACAGAUUGGAUGUUUUUUGUAUAGAUAUUGGCGUUUGA